AUGAUGUCUGGAACUCGGAGCCUCGCAGUCCUCGGCGGCCUCGCCGGCCUCCUGGGCACCUGUGCCUUCGUGGCCCCCAGCGGACAAGGCCGGCUCCGGGCCGCACGCACGCAGCCGCAGGUGGACUUCGGCACCUCCGCAUCCUCCGCGAGCAGCACCGGGCUGUGGACCGCCUGCUCCAUGGGUGGUGCUCUGCUUGCCGUCGGUGCGGCCGUGACCAGGCGGGCAGCAAAGGCCCCUGUGGAGGUCGUGGCCGAGGCCAUCCCCCGACCCGAGGACCUGCUGGACUCGCCCAA